GAAAUGCACAUCGACCAGAGACCACGGUAAAAACAGGAAGCAAAGUGAACCACAUUUUCUGUGGUAUCAAGCAGGCUGGCUGUCAAAGUUGUUUCACAGAACUGAUCUCUGGUCCUUGAAGUGUUUCCACCAUGAGACUUAACCGCUGCCUGACCGUUCCUCAUGUGUUCAUCUUGAUGAUGCUGCUCCUCAUUUUGGAAGCUGAUGGUGAAGAUACAGAUUGUGAAGUUGAAUUUAGAGUACGCCGCAACACAGUUUAUGAAACUUCCCUUGGGGAACAACUUCGGAUUAACUGCACCGUUAUUUUCUGCAACAAUUCACCACCAACAGUCUCCUGGUAUAAACUUGAGAAGACUGGCUUCCCUGUCGAUGUCAGCAGUGACAGUCACAUUAAGACAGAGUGGAAAACUUUAAAAGCCGGAGAAGGAAUAUCAUAUUUGAUCUUCCAAAACGUACUCAAAAGUGACUCAGGUGUGUAUUUAUGUCAUGCUGGAGACAGCGUGAGUCACUGCAUCAACGUCUCUGUCCAUGAAGUCUCAAUGUUUGAACUCACCACGGCUACAACUUCUGAACCACAGAGCCCAACAAUGCAGAACAAUCUCAGUGCUUACCUCCCUCAAUGUGUCCCGUACCAUGCUGCUGGAGUCGGAGUCUUUAUCCUUAUCGUGAUAAUUAUAUGCGUCACAUCAAAACGUGGAUGUAAAGGAAGAUCCAGGGACACACCAGAUCCAAACCCAGAGCCCUCCUCCCAUCAGUGACAUCUAUGAAAAUGAAAAGUAGUAAUGUCUGUGCCUCGAGUUAAAUCUUUAGACAUUAGAGCUACGAUUAUUAUCAACACACGUCAUAUUAUUCAUUUGUCUGAUUUGUGUGUCAGUGCUUUGUUGUCAUGUGCAGUAUAUUCUCUUUUAAUGGCUUUGAAAUAAAGAUUUUUUACAAUGA